AUGGCUUUCCGGCUUGCCGUAGCCUUUACUCUUGGGCUUUCUUUGUUCCAGGCAGCAUUGGCUCAAACCUACAAUGAGCUCUACCGCCCUCAGUAUCACUUUACUCCAGCUAAAAACUGGAUGAAUGAUCCCAACGGUCUUUUAUAUUACAAUGGCCUCUACCAUCUGUACUAUCAGUACAACCCAGGAGGAAACACCUGGGGAGCUAUGUCUUGGGGCCAUGCCACCAGCACUGAUCUGACACACUGGAAUCACCAGCCUGUUGCCCUCCUCGCUCGUGGCUACCCAGGUGAUAUCACUGAGAUGUUCUUCUCUGGCUCUGCUGUCGCCGAUACCCAGAACACAAGUGGCUUUGGUUCUAAUGGAAAGGUCCCAUUUGUUGCAAUGUAUACUUCCUAUUACCCUAGUUCCCAGAAUCUACCUAGCGGGAAGUUAGUCAACGGUGGGCAGCAAGCGCAGUCAAUUGCCUACAGUUUAGACGAAGGCAUAACAUGGACUACCUACGACGCCGCCAAUCCUGUCAUUCUAAAUCCUCCGGCCCUAUACGCAGACCAAUGGCGGGACUUCCGAGAUCCAUUCGUGUUCUGGCACGAAGCUAGCCAGAGGUGGAUCUCAGUGGUUUCGCUGGCCCAACUCCACAAGUUACUUAUUUACACCUCCCCAAACCUUAAGGAUUGGACAUAUGCCAGCGAAUUUGGCCCUUGGAAUGCAGUAGGAGGUGUUUGGGAGUGUCCUAGCAUCUUUCCACUUGCUGUUGACGGAGAUGACGCCAAUACCAAGUGGGUUAUGCAAAUCGGACUCAACCCUGGCGGACCCCCUGGAGUGACCGGCUCAGGAACGCAAUACAUUGUGGGAACCUUUGAUGGAAUAAAAUUUGUUGCGGAUCCCAAUUCUCCGCCUACGGCGCCUACAUCUACCAGUACCACUACCUCAGCAUCCACCUCCUCCACAACGACAACUGCAACUGCAACUGCAACUGGAGACGUCAUAUUCCAAGAUUUUGAAGGAACCGGUAACUUCGCUUCUCGCGGCUGGGUUGCUACUGGGGAUUUGCUUGGAGCUUCACCAGCUCAAGGGACUCUUGCUGGACAACAAACCGUCACUGGAUAUGCUGGAAGUCAGCUUGUCAAUACCUUUUUAAGCGGAGACUCUACAACUGGAACACUCACGUCCCCUUCUUUCACAAUAUCACGUCCAAAUAUCAAUUUUCUUAUUGGUGGCGGGAACGCACCGGGCACGGAAUGCAUCAAUCUUAAGGUCCAAGGCCAGGUUGUACGAACCGCUACAGGCGCGAAUGUGGAACGGCUUAUAUUGGGUGGCUGGGAUGUCACAAAUCUGAUAGGCCAAACUGCUGUGCUUGAGAUCGUGGAUCAGCAAACAGGUGGUUGGGGACAUAUAUUGAUCGAUCAGAUUACCUUCACAGGCGGUGCCGGCACCAACAACCUCCCCAGACGCAGUGAUGCUAGCGAUACUUGGGGCUUCAAUGGUACUAGCAAUUUUGCGGACCGUGGUUGGACUGCUACUGGAGAUUUGGUUGGAAAAUCGCCAGCUCAAGGCACACUUGCAGGACAACAGGCUGUGACUGGGUAUAUGGGAAAUUUCGUUAACACAUUCUUGAACGGGGAUGCUACUACUGGAACACUCACGUCCCCAACUUUCACCAUAACCCAGAAGAAAAUCAACUUUCUUAUCGGUGGUGGCAAUGUGCCUGGCGUGGAAUGCAUCAACCUAAAGGUCCAAGGCCAGAUUGUACGAACGGCUACAGGCGCUGAUGCAGAACAACUUAUACCAAAAAGCUGGGAUGUCACGAACCUGAUAGGUCAAAUUGCGGUCAUUGAGAUUGUUGAUCUUAGUACCACUGGUUGGGGCCACAUUCUGAUUGAUGAAAUUUCAUUCUCAAAUACAUCAACUGAGCCGUAUGGGCCCAACUGGUUGGAUUAUGGGCCAGACUUCUAUGCUGCAACAACAUUUAAUGGAUUAGCAUCCACAAAUCGAAUCAAUAUUGCAUGGAUGAGCAAUUGGCAAUAUGCUAGCGCAAUCCCUACUUCUCCAUGGCGCAGCAUGUUAACAAUUGCCCGGAAGCUUUCGCUCAAGACAAUCGACGACAGGCCAAGGCUAAUCCAGCAACCUACGGCAAAUUGGACUAGUCUGCAAACAACAACUUACUCUAACACCUUUGAUACAGUAUUCGAAGGCAACAAGCUCGUACAACUUUCCGGGAAAUUGCUUGAUAUCACAGUGACCUUUUCAGACAGAGUUGCAGCGUCAUCCUCAUCUCAAUUUGGCAUAAUUCUUAGGGCAACUUCCGACCUAUCACAGCAAACACGAAUUGGCUAUGACUUUAGCACAAAGAGACUUUUCGUUGAUCGAACAAAAUCUGGAAAUGUUGGGUUCGACGGGACAUUUCCCAACACUUAUUAUGCUCCUUUGGCGCCGUCCACUGAUGGCAAAGUCACAUUGCGCAUUCUCCUUGACUGGUCUUCUGUUGAAGUCUUCGGGGGACAGGGGGAAGUCACAGUAUCCGCUCAAAUCUUUCCUCAGGAUAAUGGUGUCGAUGUCCGGCUUUUCUCCGGUGGGGGAAGUACAAAUGGUGUCAUGAUUGAUGCAAAGGUGUUUGAUUCAGCUUAUGAUUCAUCCACUCCAUCAAGUACCACUCUCAAACCACCACUGGCGUUAGCCCCUACUUCCACAGCGCCCUACGACUUUCGUCCUACUUUCCAUUUUGUCCCUGAACAAAACUGGAUGAAUGAACCCAAUGGACUGAUCAAAAUCGGCCCUACCUGGCACCUUUUCUAUCAGCACAAUCCAACUGGAAACUUUUGGGGCAACUUAAGUUGGGGUCAUGCCACUAGCACUGACCUUGUGUCUUGGGAUCAUAGACCGGUUGCAAUUUCGAGUGCAGAUGGGAUACAGGCUUUCACAGGAACAUCAUAUUUUGAUUCAGAGAAUCUCUCAGGCCUUGGAACAUUAUCAGACCCGCCGUACCUUGCUUUCUAUACUGGCUACUUCCCCUCAAGUGGGGUGCAGGAUCAAAGACUUGCGUAUAGCUUAGACCAGGGAGUGACUUGGACGAAGUACCAGGGCAAUCCGAUCAUAUCGCAAAGCCAAGAAGUGCCACAUGAUAUAACCAAGGGUCUGGAGACACGGGACCCAAAAGUGUUCUAUCACAGCCCGACGAGCAGAUGGGUCAUGAUUCUCGCGCAUGGGGGACAAAACAAAUUAACAUUCUGGACAUCUACAGAUACAAAGAACUGGACCUGGAGAAGUGACUUCGCUGCAAGCAAUAUUGUGGGAUUCCCUAGUGGAGUUAACGGGUGGGAAGUGCCGGACUUUUUCGAACUUCAGAUUGAAGGUACUACGGAAAAGAAAUGGGUGUUGGUUGUGACUCCCGCCACUGGAUCGCCUGCUGGUGGUAAUGGAGUCUUUGCACUCACUGGGUCUUUCGACGGCUCCAUUUUUUCCGCGGACGCAGUUGACCCUACCACGCUAUGGCUUGAUUAUGGUCGCGAUUGGGAUGGGGUCUUGAGUUGGGAAAACGUACCUGCUUCGGACGGGCGCAGGGUUCUUGCUGCAGUUAUGAACAGUUAUGGUGGCAACCCUCCAACCAAUACGUGGAAGGGAAUGCUUUCAUUCCCUCGCACUCUGAAACUCAAGCAACUCAAUGGCAAAUUACAGUUCCUCCAACUGCCCGUGAGCGAACUAGAUGGGGUCGGUAUUUCAGUUGCGACUAUCACGAGUCAGACGCUUGCUCCUGGACAGACGUUGCUCUCGAACGUCCAUUCGAGGUCAUUGGAUAUUCGUAUUACUUUUAUUCCUGCCCAGGGCUCCACACUGUCUCUCUCCGUUCGAAAGGGAGGAUCUCAACAAACCGUGAUUAAAUAUACCCAGUCAAACAAAGAACUUUCGGUCGAUCGCAAUGCAAGUGGAAACACCUCAUAUGAUCCUGCUGCUGGCGGUAUCCACACAGCCACUCUCCAGGCCGAUACAAAUGGGAAGGUGCAAUUGCGAGUAUUGGUUGAUGAAUGCUCCAUUGAGGUUUAUGGCGGGCAAGGCGAGGCGGUGAUUUCUGAUUUGAUAUUCCCAGAUAUUUCCUCGGACGGCCUCGCUUUGUCCACUAAUUCAGGAAACGUGCUAUUGGAAUCAGUCGACGUGCGAUCGAUUUCGCUCUGA